CCGACAGUGUCUGUGUCCUCACAAAGCUGACAUGAACUGUAUCACUGGCUACUUCAGUUUGGCGCAUCGGUUUUGCGUUUGUUCUCAUGAAUUUGGACUCGAGAUCACGAAGACAACAGAGGCUUUUUAGCCUCCGGCAAAAAAACAACAAAAAAAUACAAUAGAUUUUCGCAAACCUGGGGCUUGAACAGAACAAUACCGACAUAAAGAGAGAUGACAGAGGGCCGGCUUUGUCAGGUGCUUCUUCUAGAUGACAGGCAGCUGGAACUGCUGGUCCAGCCAAAACUGUUGUCCAGAGAUCUCCUGGAUCUGGUUUCGUCGCAUUUCAACCUGAAAGAGAAAGAGUACUUUGGAAUCUCCUUUACGGAUGAGAGGGGUCAGAUAAACUGGCUACAACUGGACCGCAGAGUACUGGACCAUGAUUUUUCCAAAAAGACUGGACCACUCGAACUUAAAUUCCAAGUCAGGUUUUACAUCGAGAGUGUUGCAUAUCUGAAUGAUGCUACCACUGUCGAACUGUUUUUCCGGAAUGCUAAGAUAUCUGUCUUCAAUGGAAACCUUGAAGUGGAGAGUGAGACCGUUUUUAAGUUGGCUGCAUACACUGUGCAGGAGACAAAUGGAGACUACACAAGUGAUGAUAGUACAAGAUCAGCCUUAAAGAAGCUUCCAGCUUUCCCCACCACGGUUUUGAAAGAGCACCCAUCAUUAGCAUUCUGUGAAGAUAAAGUAAUCAAACAUUACAGAAAGCUGAAGGGACUCAGUCGUGGACAGGCAAUUGUACGGUAUCUUACCUUAGUUGAAUCCUUACCUGCAUAUGGAGUUCAUUAUUACAAAGUAAAGGAUAAACAGGACAUACCGUGGUGGUUGGGGAUCAGCUACAAAGGCAUCGGCCAGUACGACCUCCAAGACAAGCUCAAGCCACGAAAGCUCUUUCAGUGGAAGCAGCUUGAGAACUUGUAUUUCCGUGAGAAGAAGUUUGCUGUAGAGAUCAAAGACCCUCAAAGAAGGACAGCAUCUAGACGCACAUUUGGUCAGUCCGGUCAGGUUAUCCACACAUGGUAUGCCAGCCACUCUUUGGUUAAAACCAUCUGGGUGAUGGCAAUCAGCCAACACCAGUUCUACCUUGACCGCAAGCAGAGUAAAACCAAAAUAACCACAGCAAGAAGUUUAGGAGACAUUGCCAUGGAUCUCACAGAAACUGGAGCCCCAAGGAAGUUGGUCAGCAUGGAAAGUAAAGACAAGCUCAUCAUGGCAAGCAAUGGAAGUUUGGUCUCUUCAAAUUCUGCAGACAAUGAGGUGAAUGAGGAGCAGAAGAAAGAGAAGAUGGCAGAACUGAAAAACAAACAGAGGAACCUGGUGGAACUUCUUGCACAAAAGGAGAAUGAGCUGAAGAAAAUCUGUAUCCGAGAAGCUGAGUUGACUGGGAUGUUACCUAAAGAGUACCCUCUUGCAUCAGGAGAGAAGCCUCCUACUGUUAGAAGACGUGUGGGAGCUGCUUUCAAAUUGGAUGAUCUUUUCCCUUAUGAUGCGGACCCUCAGAUAAGAAAACUGGAGAGCCGCUUUGCUCUCCAAAAGAAGAUUGUGGAGGCAGCACAAAAACUUGCCUAUGAAAAUGAGCUCUGUAAAACCGUGAAAAAGAAGCGGAGGAGAAUCCUUGUGGAUGCUUCCAAAAAGCUCCAGGAGAUCGAAAAUGAGAUUAAUGAUUACAGAGUAAAGAUUGGCAAGGAGCCCACACAAAGAGCUUCCGUCAUCAUUCCUGAUGAUAUUAACCUUGACAACCUUUCCGACAGUCUUAAUUUGGAGGAUGAUGAACCAUCCCAGAGACAACGUUCACGUUCAGUGCAGUAUUCUCCACACCCCAACUCGUCAAACUCCUUCCCUGCACCGUGCUAUUCAGACCAUGUAGAUCCCACCAAUGAUAUAUACCAGGACUGCAGCAGAUUAAAUUAUGGCGAAGUCCAAGAACCUCUGGCCUAUACACACGGAGACACCUUAUCGACACACAGCAGCCCCUAUCGUCCACCCUCACGACAACCCCGGGACUCGCAGAGCAUGCCCCCCACCCCGCAACUUCCCCGCAAUGCCUACAGCAGCAUCCAGCUCAGCACUCAUUAUCGGCAGCGCAGUGGCAGUCUGGAAUCUCAAUCGCAGUUCCUUACAGAGAGCGAGCCGUCCGAGCCUGUCUUCACCAUCUCUCCUCCUCGCCGUAGCAACAGCACCGAGAUCCUAGAUGAUGGCUCCUCCUACACCAGCCAGUCCAGCGUAGAGUACUCUGCACCCAGCUACCAUUCCCGCGCCCAAAAUCGCCAUAGACGAAGGCGAGGUAACAUUUACGCCAACACUGGAAGCAUGCCUAAUCUAGCCCAAAAUGACUCAAAGUGUUAUACCACCCAACCUCAGCAGCAACCAACCACCACAGCCUAUUACGUGACCGGAUACCCGCGGUACAUAGAACCCGAGGUGUACCCAAAUGGACCGUACAUGUACGAGACUGAGAUGGAGGGGCACUAUAAUGUUAACCCCUCCUACCACAGACAUGACCCUCACGGGAACUAUGGCCAGGAUGAGAUGGAUGGGAUGUCUCAGAACCUUUAUGCCACUUUAAGGCCACCAAGGAACCGUCCUCCAUCUAGAAACGAGAACUUUGUCAAAAGCAUGCAAAGAGCGGAAGUUGUGGAACACUUGCGAGGUUGGUACCAUCGACAACACAAACAACAAGGCUAUGACACCUACAGAGGUCCCCAGCAGAACCUCGGCUAUAGGACCAUGUCUUCAAGUUAUGUACGCAGCGACAGUACAGCUUCCUACUCGUCGGUAGGUUCAGGGAUCUGGCAUGGUCGACCAGUCAUGGGAAUGUCAGAGUAUGAUAUUCCUCUUGCACACCAUCAGUCCUAUGGCUACAGCACUGUCCAUCACGGUCACCCCUUACACAGCAGCCCUGACCCCCAACUCCUGGCUCCACCUCCUGACCCUCUGGACAGAUACCCACCCGAGUAUGGGUGGAUGACUCCGGGCAGGAGAAGCCCAUUGCCAGUGCCUUUAGAAGUGCCUGGUGCUGUUGCCAGUGAUUAUGACCAGGAAUACUUUUACACUCAUUGCUAGUGAAACAGACAACACAUAAAAACUUGAUCGUACAUGGACGUGAACCAACUUGAUUCUCACAUGAGCAGUCCAAUGGACAGCAGUUUUGACUCUGAAGACCAGCAGACACUUUGUUGGCAUGAGGACUCGAAACCAGGAACAAUAGUUUAGAGAGCAAGAAAAACUGUUUCCUUCUCUCGUUUUUUUUUCACUUAUGAUGUGCCUUGUUUUCAUUGUCAUCACAUUUUUCUAAUUAAUGGUAAGGAGUUUAAAAGUCUGAAACACAACAAUCUCUACAGAAAUGUUCUUAGACAGGAGCCUUAAAAAAAGAUGUGCAUGAAGUUGAUCCUGCUGGGUGACUUCAGAAAGGACAAAGCAUUCUGUGAACAGACCUACGGGAAGCUCCGAGUUGCUGUGUAUACCUAAAGUGAUAGCACUUUGACUGAACUGCUGUUGAAACUUCGGCCUUUGAUUCUGUGUUGUACAGUGAACAGAAUGGAGUGAAUACAUUUUCAUCCACUCUACGUGACAAUGAAGGAUAUUGCAGACAUUGAGAACUACAUCAGGCACAAACAUUGAUAUGAAGGAUUGAAACUAGGCAAAUUUCUUACGGUCAAAAUCUAGCCAAAAUAUUUUGUUUUGGAUUGUAAAUGUCAUUCAUAUGCUGAUCUCAUCUUUUCUUGAGAAACCUUUUACAGUGUUUUUGUAUUCAUAACCCUUAAACUGAAUACUUGGAAUGCGACCGUGCAAGAAAAGUCUUUUAUUCAGUAUUUUCUCACACUUUCAGUUGAUGUGCAUUCACAAUACAGGCAUCAUUCCAGAUCCUUUGUUGCUUUGCACUUGUACUGUGACACCUGUGUACCGUUUUUAACUUUGUUCACAACCAGUAACAAUGUUCUUGAUUAGUGUGCAACUAACUUGGACCAGUCACAAGCAGUAUUACUGGGUUUCUGUUUUUCACAUGUCAAGUACUAGUAAAUCAUGCCAGGGGUCUACAUUUUACUUUGCGUCAGCCAGUGCGAAGUAUUUAAAUGUCUUUUUCGAAUCCUGCUGAAACAGAGUGAGUGUUCUAAGAAACAACUAAUUAAAGAGAAGCUCUUUUUUUUUUUUUUUUAACAUGGCUAUAGGGGAGUGUAAUUGUUUGACAGUCACUAACUGUCAGGUACAAUAAUUUGGGACAUUUAAAACUGCACUUUUAAACCCAAAUGGACUUGACUCGCCACUAGUGAUAGGAAACCAUGAGCUUGCUCACAGCAUCUUUCUCUAUCUCUCCAGAAGGGAGCUGCAUACUGUAUGUGUUUGUAAAUGAUGUAAAAAGGCUUGUUACCUUUUUGUACCUUUUAGAGAGAUUUGUUUUUAUCAUUUUGAAAGAUUUUUUUUAAAGCAUAUAAUAUAUAGAUUGGAUUUGUCAAGCUGGUUCUUAGAAAUUUCUUGAAAGAAAAUUCAUUUGAAUUAAAUGAGAAUACCAAAGUUUCAUGGACAUGUUAUUGACUA